UUUCUCCACAGAGGAGUCGGAGCAGACCGGAGAACGCAUUCGCAUCGGACCGGAGCGCACAGAGAGAGAGGUUCCAAGACAAUGAUGGAGCUAAUGACUGCUACCCCUUUCUACCUCCUCAACACAACGGAUGACAGCGGAAGAAAUGGCUCUCUGUAUGACGACAGCGACGAGUACGACUACAAGGAUGAGCAUGGUGAGCUGAGGCAGUCUCUCAACAUCAUGUCCCUCAUAGUUUACUGCCUCGCCUUCGUCCUCGGCGUGCUCGGCAACGGAGUGGUCAUCUGGGUGACCGGGUUCAAGAUGAAGAAAACAGUGAACACGGUUUGGUUCCUCAACCUGGCCGUGGCCGACUUCCUCUUCACAGCGUUCCUGCCCCUCAGUGUGACGUACACAGCUAUGGAUUUCCACUGGCCCUUCGGCAAGUUCAUGUGCAAGCUGAACACCACCAUAAGCUUUCUGAACAUGUUCGCCAGCGUCUACGUUCUGGUGGUGAUCAGCGUGGACAGAUGUGUGUCGGUGGUUUGGCCGGUUUGGGCGCAGAACCACCGAAAUGUUGAGAAGGCCUCUUGUGUGAGUCUUGGAGUUUGGGUGCUGGCUUUGAUCCUCAGUGCUCCCUACUUCAUCUUCAGGGACAUCGGGCCGUCGUAUCACAACGAGGACAUCAUCAACUGCUUCAACAACUUCGCCUUUUCCGAUGACUACGAAACGCCCGCCGUGAACCAGCUGCGAAAGUUUCGCCACCAGGCCAUGACCAUCACCCGCUUCCUCCUGGGGUUCGUCGUCCCCUUCACCGUCAUCGUCUCCUGUUACGGCGUCAUCAUCCACCGCCUCAGGAGAAACCCAACCCUGGCCAGCCAGUCCAGCCGACCCUUUAAGAUCAUCGCUGCCAUCAUCAUCACUUUUUUCCUGUGCUGGGCUCCAUUUCACAUCAUGGGCCUUGUUGAGCUGGUCAACCACAUGGCUAAUUAUGCAAGCGAAACACUGGAUCACGUCACCACUAUCGGGGUCCCCAUAGCCACAAGCCUGGCCUUUCUCAACAGCUGCCUGAACCCACUGCUGUAUGUGUUCAUGGGCCAAGAUUUCAAGGAUAAAGUCCGCAAAUCCAUCCUGAAUGUACUGGAGACGGCCUUCCAGGAGGAGGUGUCUCGCUCUUACACCUACACAAACUCAAUGGUCACCAGUCGGAGCAAAGAGAAGUCAGUUUCUGAUGCUGAGGUUUUCCACUGGCCCUUCGGCAAGUUCAUGUGCAAGCUGAACACCGCCGUCAGCUUUCUGAACUUGUAUGCUAGCGUCUACAUUCUGAUGGUGAUCAGCAUGGACAGAUGCGUGUCGGUGGUUUGGCCAGUUUGGGCGCAGAACCACCGAAACGUACGCAAGGCCUCCUGGGUGAGUCUUGGAGUCUGGGUGGUGGCUUUGAUUCUCAGCGUUCCAUACUUGGUCUUCAGGGACACCGAGACGUACCCCGAUGGUUUCACGAUCUGCUUCAACAACUUUGCUCUUUCCAAUGACUACGAAACGCCCUCCGUGAACCAGUUGCGAGAGUUUCGUCAUGAGGCAUUGGCCGUCGUCCGCUUCCUCCUGGGGUUCGUCGUCCCCUUCACCGUCAUCGUCUCCUGUUACACCGUCAUCAUCUGCCGCCUCAGGAGAAACCCAACCCUGGCCAGCCAGUCCAGCCGCACCUUUAAGAUCAUCGCUGCCAUCAUCAUCACCUUUUUCCUGUGCUGGGCUCCAUUUCACAUCAUGGGCAUUGUUGAGUUGGUAGCAUUCUCGAGAGGUGUACCAAGCGAGAGAUGGCAGUUUAUCAUCACCGUCAGCGUCCCCAUAACCACCAGUCUCGCCUUCUUCAACAGCUGCCUGAACCCACUGCUGUAUGUAUUCAUGGGCCAAGAUUUCAAGGAUAAAGUCUGCAAAUCCAUCCUGAAGGUCGUGGAGUCAGCCUUCCAUGAGGACGAGGAGACACGCUCCACCAAUGACACAAAAACAGGGGAGAGCAAAGACAAUUCAGCAGCUGAUGAUACUGAGGUGUAAAGGUGCCAUGAAGACACUUAUACUGAAUGUCCAUUGACACAAAUGUCAAUGUAAACGUCAAAAGGCUUCUUUGGCGUUACACAACUUGUACAUAGUGUCUCAGAAUCAAUCCUUUUACAGAGAUGUGGUUUGAUUUCUAUGACUUUUCUGUAUGCUUUGUUAAAUAAUAAGAAUCAUCAAGACUGUGUUGCCUUAUGUGGGCAAAACCUUCGCUCAACAAGAUAAUGGAGUAUUUUUAAUUAUACACAGCAAAUGGAUGCACCAGAUCUAUGCAGUCUUGUUGCGGGCUGCUCUCUGACUCACCAUGAUUGAACUAGAAAGGAUUGUAAAAUAUCCUGUCAUUUCAAAAUCAGUAUUACGUUAGAUUGGCGGUUGAAAUUUGUGCAACAUGAGCAUCAUAAAAGUGACGUUUGUUUGGCAAACAGGAAGUUAACUAAAUACACAACAAUUCCCAACAAAGGUUGUCUUAUUUGUCUGAAAAAUUUUUUUAAAUCUCCAUUUGACUCAGAAACAUUUACUAUAUUGUCUCGUAUUUUAUUAUGUUUGGGGAUAAGAUAAUAUUCCACUAUAAUAAUCAUCAUCAUAAUAAUAUUCCUUAGAAUGUUUUUUUAAUUAUUAGUGAUGAACAAAAAAAAAUCCUGACCUGUCAUACAUUUCAAAUGGUGUAUUUAUUGUGUUUUUAUCCCAUGUACAGUCACAAAAAAGCAAGGUUUUGAAAUGAUUAAAACUAAAUGUAAAUGCAGGUGUUAUAGUGUCAUUUAGGAAAUAAAAAAAAAUCUUGAGCUCUCCUAAUUCUAAGGCAGUAGUGUCAGCAGUGAAAUAUGCACAAAAAAAAUAAAAUAAAAUGGAACAAUUUCAUUGCAUUGAACAAAAAUGAUUUUA